CGGCGGAGAAGAAAGCCCGGAAUCCAACAAAGCUCGGAAGCUGAAUCCGAUGAAGCCAGUCGAUAAAUCCAGUACUGAGUCUACCAUGAGAAAAGCUCGUGUCUCUGUCCGAGCUCGAUCAGAAGCUCCCAUGAUAAGUGAUGGAUGUCAAUGGAGAAAAUACGGACAAAAGAUGGCAAAAGGAAAUCCCUGCCCUCGAGCUUAUUAUCGAUGUACAAUGGCAGUUGGAUGUCCCGUCAGAAAACAAGUUCAACGCUGCGCGGAAGAUCGAACAAUCUUGAUAACAACUUACGAGGGGAACCACAACCACCCACUUCCUCCAGCUGCCAUGUCGAUGGCGUCGACGACGACUGCUGCGGCCACCAUGUUGCUCUCAGGUUCAAUGCACAGUGCCGAUGGGAUCAUGAACCCAAAUUUGCUCGCAAGAGCAAUGCUUCCAUGUUCUUCGAUGGCAACGAUUUCAACUUCGGCUCCAUUUCCGACCGUAACACUGGACCUCACUCACUCACCAAACGCUCUGCAACUCCAAAGACCGACCACACAAACACAAUCGCCUCAAGUAUUUGGUCAAGUACUAUAUAAUCAAUCACAGUUCUCAGGCCUGCAGUUGUCUCAAGACGUGUCUUCUUCGCAGUUGCAGCAGCCUCAGUUAGCUGACAAUGUGUGUGCUGCUGCCACGGUCGCCAUUGCGAACGACCCGAGCUUCACCGCCGCGCUUGCGGCCGCUAUUACCUCCAUCAUUGGUGGUGCUCACCCGAAUAGUAGCAGCAAAGCUUCCAACAGCAACAACAACAAAUAUGAUACCACAAAUAGCAGACAAUAAUAGAUUAGGACUCUUAGUUAUAUCAAACCAUUGUUAUUGGUUUUU